CACUGACCAAACUUCAAAACUACGUCGUUUUGUAGUUCCAGAUCCAGAAGAAUCAUUGUGCUUUCCUUCCCUUUGUAAGAAGAGAAACAAUAGAAAAGCUUUAGCACAAAUUUGAAUCCACCCAAAGCUCAAUCAAUAAUUUCACCGCAAAAAUCUCCCAAUGUCGUCGUCGUUUGACACGUUCAGCAUGGAGAGCCAAGAUCAAAUCCAUAGCACAAAUAGCCAUCCCUUCAACGACGACUUAGAGUAUUCCAACUAUGGCUCCUACUCUAACUUCUCCGGUCCCGACAAUUUCUCAACUGAUCACGGUGACGUGGCCGUAGAUCACGUGCAGUCUCCCGAGAUCUUCGGUUACGACAAUCCGGAACCUGGCUACUCUCAGUCUCCUUUCGAAUCUGUUCAUGUGGAGAAUGGUAAUGGUAACGGAUAUGGUGACAGUGAUGACGCCGUUUGUGCUUCCGACGGUCCGAUUCUUCCGCCUCCCAUGGAGAUGGAGCCCGAGGAAGGGUUUGCUCUACGUGAAUGGCGCCGUCAAAAUGCAAUUCAACUCGAGGAGAAGGAGAAAAGGGAAAAGGAAAUGAGAAUUCAGAUAAUUGGAGAAGCUGAAGAGUAUAAACGUGGUUUCUAUGAGAAAAGAAAGCUCAAUAUGGAGACUAACAAGACUAAUAACAGAGAAAGGGAGAAGUUGUAUUUGGCUAAUCAAGAGAAGUUUCAUAAAGAGGCUGAUAAACAAUACUGGAAAGCAAUAGGAGAACUCAUUCCUAAUGAGGUUCCCAACAUCGAGAAGAAGAGAGGAAAGAAGGACCAAGAGAAGAAACCGUCAAUAACAGUCAUCCAGGGACCUAAGCCAGGGAAACCCACUGAUCUGUCAAGAAUGCGGCAUAUAUUGGUGAAGCUGAAACACAACCCUCCACCUCACAUGUUGCCACCCCCACCACAACCAGCAGCAAAGGAUGCCAAAGAUGGAAAGGAUGGAAAGGCUGUGGCAUCGACAAAAGGGAAGCUUGAGUCUCCAGCCAAAGAUGCCACCUCAAAUGGUUCUUCAGAGCCGCCCAAAGAAGAUGCUCCAGUUGCUAAUAAGCAGCCUGCCACGGAACCCGAGCCAACACCGGUCGCAUGAAUGAUUACAAAACAUAUAUCAUCAGCUAUGUCUUGUUCUAUUCUUUUCAUCCUUUUUAAAUCUUAAGAUUUUAUUCUUUUUGUUUGAAGAUGUCAUUAUGCAUGCAAGGAUUAUGCCUGGAUAGCUCAAAUUCUUGAAGGGCCCGACCAUGGAGCCUUGUUCUUAUUCUCUUUGGAAGUAUUGUAUGAAUGAAAUUUUUAUAUGUCAUUGGGACAAAAUUCAUGCUUCGUUUCAA